GAGAGAACAACCCGGAUACAUUUUGGAGACGGACUGGAAACCAACGCAGAGUUGAUGCUGGAGGGAGAUUUGAGUGGCGCACGGAGGGCAGUCGGUCUCAAACUUCGUUCAAGACUUAUUUCCCGUGGUAUCGUUAUAUUUAAUUCUUGCUAUCAUGGAGUUAGACGGUGACAUAAGAACGACGCCGAGAGGGUUUCACUGCACCCUGUGCAAAGUCAACUUGCCAAACCUACCAAGCUUGGAUCAGCAUGUCAAAGGUCGGAAACACCAGACGCUGAGCACUGUGCGAUCCACCAGGAAGACCCAGGAGGAGCACAGUGUGUUUGUCAGUGGCAUUAAGUCUGACAUCUCUCAGGCUGACAUAACUGAAUACUUCCAAAAGUUUGGGCCAGUUGCAGAUGUUAUAAUGGAUAAAGACAAGGGUGUGUAUGCCAUUGUGCAGUUCAGUGAAACUGAGAGCAUACAGGCAGCCCUGUCCUGUGCUGAACAUCAGAUGAAGGGCCUGAAGCUGCGCGUCAAACCCCGAGAAAAGAAGGAAUUCAAGCUGAUUCCAAAAAAGAAGAAUGACUCCCAGAACCUGCAGCAAGUCCUUGACCGUCUCAAACCCGAACUGUGUCAGUUGGCAUCUGUGGAUGCACAGAUGCAGUAUGUUGUUGGGCGAUUUCAGCUGGGAGACAGUGAAAAAAAGGCCCGAGGCUUGCUGGUUGAACUCCUGCAAGAGGUUUUUAUAGAGUUCUUCCCAGACAGCCAGGUUCUGCCAUUUGGUUCAUCGGUCAAUAGUUUUGGCAUUCACUCCUGUGAUUUAGACCUGUUCCUUGAUCUGGAAAACACCAAGGUGUUCCAGUCUCGUGCCAGAUCCACCACAGAACAGGCAGGGGAGGGCAUGUCUGAUGAUAGCCGCUCCGAGGACUCCAUCCUGUCUGAUAUUGACCUCUCCACAGCUUCUCCAGCUGAGGUCCUGGACCUUGUGGCAACGAUCCUGAGACGCUGUGUCCCCAAUGUGCACAAAGUCCAGGUGGUCAGCAGUGCACGCCUCCCAGUAGUCAAGUUCCAUCACAGAGAGCUCAACCUGCAGGGGGACAUCACAAUUAACAACAGAUUAGCAGUAAGGAACACCCGCUUCCUCCAGCUGUGUUCAGGGAUGGAGGACAGGCUGAGGCCUCUGGUGUACACCAUCCGCUACUGGGCCAAGCAGAAACAGCUGGCUGGUAACGCCACUGGUGCCGGGCCCCUUCUCAACAACUAUGCUCUGACAAUGCUGAUCAUCUUCUUCCUGCAAAACUGCAAGCCUCCAGUGCUCCCCACAGUGGCCCAGCUCAAAGACAUGGCCUGUGAGGAGGAAGAGUGUGUGAUUGAGGGCUGGAACUGCACCUUCCCCAGUCAGCCCAUUGCUGUGCCCCCCAGCAAGAAUACACAGAACCUCUGCACCCUGCUCGCUGGCUUUUUCUCCUUCUAUGCCAAGUUAGAUUUUGCCAGUAGUGUCAUAUCUGUCAGGGAGGGGCGUGCACUCCCAAUCACUGAUUUCCUCAGCCAGAAAAAGCAGGAGGAGGUCACGUCGGAGGAGCAGCCUACCAAGACCCCGUCUCACCACUAUCCCAAACUGGGCCCCAUCAAUCUCUUGGACCCUUUUGAGCUCUCCCACAACAUAGCUGGAAACGUGAAUGAACGCUCGCAGCGCAACUUCCAGAGGGAGUGCCAUGAGGCUGAGAAGUAUUGCCGCAGCCUGCAGUACCAAUGCAAAUCCUCUAAGGGGAAAUCAUGGGGGCUGGUGCGCUUGUUUACCCCCCAUGGGGAAAUCCCACAUACCAAAGCAGAGCAGCUCACAAUCAGUAUCCCCUUCAAGUCAGCGUCACUCCCUGAAGAGCUCUGUGAUCAGCUGCACGUAGCGGGAGACCGUUUCCGGCUGCUGUGGUGUCAGAAGGUUUGCUCUGCUGUGGAGGAAGUACUGAAAAGUGUUCUUAGGUGUCGCCUUUCGCCCUCCUCAGACACUGUCUUUGGUGAGGAUUCAGCUGUCGACCCUGCUGACACAAUGGAAACCGCAUCAGCUUCCCUCAACACAUCAACAAAUGAGAGCUGUGACAGUGUUGAAUCCCCAAACGAAACUAGCCCUCAGGGUACAGCUGUGGUUGGUGCCAAGAGAUCGCUGUCUUCUGGCAGCGAUGCUUCUCUGUCGCCUCAAGGCAAGAAGCCAAGACUGGCAAGAGGGGGCAAGCCUGAAUUCCCUCCCUGGAUCUGCGUGCAGAAGCACACAGUGUGGGCUAGUAGGAGGAAAGUGAGACGGGAGCUGAUCAAAGAUACAGACUCAAAGCCAGAGGGCAGCUGUGUAGAGCUGGAGUCCCAGGUCACAGCCCACAUCACUGAAAAAGAGCCAGAGCUCAAGGAGCCCCUGGAGUUCAAGGUUCAGCCCCAGAUGGUGGGCGGAACAGAAAGCACAAGGGCCGUGCUCAAGUUGGAGCCAAUCAGUGACAAGUCAGGAGUUUUUCAUGACUUCUUUCACUUCCUGGAAGCCUUCUUACCCAAGAUGGUAGACACACUACUAGAGAAAAAAAUAGGUAGUGUUUAAAAUGGAGCUGAUUUCAUGUAUGUUACUGUCAUCUAAGAGGUUUGAGUGGAGAGUGGGUCAUCAGACAACAAAGAGCAUUACUGUGGCGUUACUGUAUGUGAACAGCCACCGGUUAUAAUGCUAUGGCUUUGUCAGAAUAUCACAUUUGUGACUUUUUCAUGUAUACUCUAUAUAUGUGCUUUUCAUAUUAAGCAUAAUUUUAUGGUUGAGACCUGUCUUGGUUUUGGUAAAUUUCUGUUUAAUGUUCAAAUGAUGAUUUGAAGAGAAACUUCAGUGGCAGAUAUUUGUCAUCUGAUGUUUUAAUAAAAAAUGUCUCAAACACUUCUGUCUACAGUA